UAGGAUGUUAUCAGCCAAGGUGUGUUUCUUACUCUGAAAAUGGCGGAGCUUAUAACAAUGCAAUAACGAUAUUUUGAAAGCCACAAAGCAAUAGUUUCGCCGAUUUCCGACCCUUAUUUGCCAAUUGAGCCUCAAGGCUUUGCCAAAGUAUCAACAUGGGAAAGUUAUUAUCAAAAAUAUUGGGUAACAAGGAGAUGAGAAUUUUGAUGUUAGGUCUUGAUGCUGCUGGAAAAACCACUAUUUUAUAUAAACUUAAGCUUGGGCAGUCAGUUACAACUAUACCAACAGUAGGUUUUAAUGUCGAAACUGUAUCCUACAAGAAUGUCAAAUUCAAUGUGUGGGAUGUUGGUGGACAAGAUAAGAUUCGGCCCCUAUGGCGCCACUAUUACAAUGGUACCCAGGGCUUGAUAUUUGUAGUGGACUGUGCAGACUUAGACCGCAUUGAUGAGGCAAGAACAGAACUUCACCGGAUAGUCAAUGACAGGGAGAUGAAGGAUGCCCUUAUUUUAAUAUUUGCAAACAAACAAGACUUGCCCGAUGCUCUCAAACCUCAUGAUGUUCAAGAAAGACUACACCUAACCAAGCUAAGAGACAGAAAUUGGUAUGUCCAGCCAUCGUGUGCUACAUCUGGUGAUGGCUUAUAUGAUGGAUUGACCUGGCUUUGUUCUAAUCAUAAACAUUAAUUAUUGAAGAGAGGGGCUUUAGUGUGUGUAUACACUCUAGCUACAUGUACUAUAAAUUGUUGCCUUAUAAUUUUUUAUACCCACCUCAAGAUAGAUCUGUAUGUAGAAUGUUGCAUGAGUAUCUACUUAGUAGGUUAAUGUUUCAUUCAUGCAUCUCUACAUUUAGUGGAUGAAAGUGUAAUCCGUUGCUUGAUAAGCAGAAGAAAAGACAGUUACUACUAACAAGAGAGAACCUAGACAUUGUAGGUUAUUUAUAUAGCACCUGUUCUUUUAAUGUCACUUGUAGUUAAAAAAGAAAUCGAAGCUAUUAAUCUAGAGAGUAUAUUGUACAUUUAGGGCAUAACUCUAAUAUAGAGUUCUAGUGCCUUCAAAAUACUUAACUUUACCCAGCCAGCUGAUAUCUGUUUCAUUGCGUUUACCCUGAGCAUUGCUUUUACGUAAGCAUUGCUUUAAGAGAAGGAACCUUAUUUUAUGCACUCAGAUUUGGCUUUAGACCUUCUAAAGAAUGAAAAAUAUAAUUUUGUUGAUCAUGAAUAAACUUGCAAAUAUCACCUUAAACUGUACAGAAACUUUAUGGAACAAACAAACAUCGCUAAAGAUUUAAGAGUUUUGCUAUAGCAAGUACAAAAUAAUUUGCAGUGCAGUUCAAAUUUGCAGUUUUUGAGGGAUUGGCAAUGACUUACAAAUAUGGAUUAAGGUUAAGAUUUGAGUAAGAGGAUUUGGGUUUUUACACACUCAAUGUAAACUAGCAGCUUUUAGUGUUCAAAUGUUUUUGAAUCAUUUAACUAACAUACAGGAGUGAAAUUUCAUUUUCAGACUUAAUCGGGUUGAGUUGUUACAACCACCCAAAGGUUAACCCAGGACUAGUACUAAUCUGGUUGUUCUAAACAAUCCUGCCCUGUCUGUUAAUCCAAGAGGUAUAACGAAUUGAUAUACAAUUGUCUGUACUGUUGUUUUCCAUCAUGUAUUUUUUGUUAUUUCGUUGACAUAUUUUAACAAAAACAUAUUUCUAAAUGGUUUAAAAAUACCUUUGUUGACUUGUGGUAGGGGUAGCGGUAGCAGUCAACUCUUUAAUAUUUUUUACUGCAAUGGUUUUUUUUUUUAUUUUCUUAGUCAUGUAAACCCAGAUCAUGAGAUUUACACGUAUAAAAGAAAGUAAUGUUCUAUUACUAUUUACUGGCUAUUCCAUUUUGCUCAAGGUCAGUCUGAAUGUUGGGAUGUCAUGUUAAAUAGACUGUCCGUCAAUUGGUAAAUUUACAAUUGAUUGUAAAGUAAUAUUCUGAAGGAAGCAGUGCUAAUAUGUGUGGCUGUUGCCAACUUCUUGUGGCACUUUAUGCAUUUAUGCAACAGUUAUAUAGUUGGAGGGAUUGUGCUAUGUCAAUCUUGGCAGGGCUUAUCAUAGUCAAGGACAAUCCAGAACAGCCUUCGGGUAACAUAAACGUUCCCUAAGAAUUUCCAAAGAAGUGGCUUAACCAAAGUAUGAUUUUGUACUUUCCUGUGUGGGUAUCUGCUUGUACUGAAUAUGGGGGAAAACAGUAACAUUUCUGAUUAACUUUCCGUUAAUUUUAAGCACUUAGUGUAUAAGUCAUGUAAAUGAAGCCUAUGUGCUGGUAAGAUCAUUUUAAAACUAAAAUGAAGCCAACAUGAACUGGAUUUUAAGAAGUAACAAAUUACGCUGAACAACUUUAUUGUGAUUAGGACUUGUUUUAGUUAAUUUGCUUUGAGAGUUAAUGAACAGUAAAGGAAUUUUCAAAGAAGCUUCUACAAAAGGUGUAGGGAGAGUCACUGUCGUUUUUUAAGGUAAACAAAAUUAACAAUCAUCAGGUCAGUUAUUGUACAGUCAGGCUAUAUUAGAUAUAAUGUUGCUUUGGUAAGUUAGUUGGAGUGAUGGUAACGUGGCUCAGAGACGUGUGUGUAGAACGCUCGGGUUAAUUAUUAUUCUAAACAAUGCCCCUAUCGAUCCUGCAACCCACAGGCCUUUGAUUGUCGUUCGUGCACCGGUGGGAUAUUUGAACUUUGGUUGGGGUGGGGAAUUCGAACUAGAAGUGUCAAGUCUUUCCUGCAGAAUACACGUGUUUUAUCCUUAAUACGAAGGUGUAUAAAGGUAAAGAGUUCAUUUUAUUUCGAGCGAAUGGCUGAACAGAAAAGGUCUUUAAGGUCUUGGUUUUAAAUCGUGGUCUGAAUUUGCCUUUCGCAAAAAUUCUGACUAUCAAAUCCUUUGGUAGGGCAUUUCAGCCCAGUUUUGGCUCGGAGAGGCAAGAAUUUGAAACGAGUCAUUCUUCAAAGGUUCAAAUCCCUGGGGGUUGCUCUGGAGGAUGUUCAACUUUCUAAUUGAUUUAAAAAGCUCCUCAUAAAAUUUAAAAUGAAUACUUUGAAUUGAUCGAUUUACACUGAUGUCUGUUAGUAACUACUUAUUAAAGAAAAAAGUAAUACAAUGUACACUGGUUUAUUUGUAAGAAAACACCUGAAAAUAAAUAAGUUUCUAAUGUA